CUGAGCCCAUCCAUCGAUCCGCGCUGACCCCUGUCGUUGGGUGUUCCACUUUGCUUCCUCCACUAGCUAGCUAAGCUCCAUCUGCAUCCAUCUAUCCAUCCUCCCAUGGCGUCCGUGAAGCUCGCCGCCGUCCUCUUGGCGUGCGCCGCGCUCAUGGCGACGGCGGCGGCGUACGCGCCGUACCGGCCGGAGCCCGAGCCCUGCAAGACGCAGGCCAUGUACUUCAAGAACUGCCUCCUCCUCGUGAGCGAGUGCGAGAAGUGCUGCACGGGCGUGGUGGCCGACCCCGCGUGCUACUGCGAGGUGGAGCGGGAGGCGUUGAUCGACUGCGCGCCCGGCCACCACUGCAGCCGCGCCGACAAGAAGAUCAAGAUCGCCGAGAUGAACCUCUCCUGCAUGAAGAACCUCAAGUGCAAGCAUGCGUGAUGGCCGGUACGGUACCUUAGCUGCAGCUUCCUACUACAAGUAUAUCUCGUCUCUCGUUUGUGUGUCCAUCUCCGAGUGUUGAUGUGGACUUUGUGGUCUGGCUUUGUUCCCACUAUGAUGAUGGUUGUGUUCUGUCGUACGUCCCUAUGUAAACUUUGGUAUUAACAACAUGGUGCUUGAUCUAAAACUAUCCACAUCAUCGUUGUUGUACGCUUCUAUCAUGUACUCCUUCUAUUCGGAAA